AUGACGGAAGGAGAAAGCCCGCUGGGCCAGGCCCUCCAGCGUCUCGCCCUCAUGCAGGAGAGCACAACGGCCCUACAACGGCAGCAGAGCGAGGCUCUCCUCGUAAUCGCCUCCAGCCAGCGGGAGGACCCGCAGCUAGCCGCCCACAGCCUGCCAGCGUCCGAUCGACAUGAGUACAAGCAGUUGCGGAGGGCCAUCCUGGACCGGCUCGGCAGCACACCAGAGGGACAACCGCCGCCGGUUCAGGGCCCUUCCCUUCGAGGACGCUGGCCGCCCCUUCUCCUACGCGAAGCAGCUCCUCGAUGCGGCGAGGCGCUGGCUUCAGCCGGGGAUGCGCUCCGCCGAGGACGUCAUGGAGCAGGUGGCACUGGAGCAGUUUGUCGCCGGGCUGCCAUCGUCAACGGCGAAUUGGGUCCAGUGUCACCGCCCUGCCAGCCUGGAGGCAGCCGUCGUCCUCGCGGAGGACCACCUUUCGCUUCCCCGGCGGAGCAUGAAGGAGGAGCCCCGACAACCUGUCGUCCCCGCGGACCGACCCGUUCCAGCCCCAAGGAGGAGGUUCCCGACAGCAGCCGCUGCACCGCGUUCCCCUCAACCCACGACCCGGCCCCUUCCCACCCAAGCCCUACCUCAUCUCUCUCUCUCUCUCUCUCUCCCCAGGAUCCAGCCUCCGCCUCUGGUCGUCCGGCACCACGGGGGGCUCCUCAGGCGCCAGGGCAGGAGUGCUGGCGGUGCGGGCGGCCCGGCCACUUCCGGCGGGAGUGUCCCAUGAUGGAGGUCGGACAGUUGGUCCGGGUUGCGGGACCGCCAGUUGCCUCCCCCGGUUUAGAAGGGACGUACCGUAUACCGUAGGCUGGGUCCUGGGAAGACGACACACCCCGUCCUGGCCUUCCCCGCUCGGAAAGUACCGCGG